GCAUGCGCGUCUGGCUCUUCGCGGUUGCGCCAACUGGUAGAGGAUGUUGCUAGCAGCUUCUGUAGAUGCACAAGCUUUCAAACAACAAUAACAUAAACCAAAUUUGCAUCUCUACUAACCCGGAUUUGAGGAGUAUACGUAAGGAACGCUAUCAGAAACUGUGCAUUGGACCGCGUCACGCCGAAUAUCCUUCAGUUCUUUCGGCUUUGUUGACAAUGGAUGCGCAGAGGUUUGCAGAUCUACAAGGCUACUUUUUGCAGGAGCAGAAGCAAGAAUCAUGGCUGGCCAGCUAGGCCGCAGAUGGAUUUUGUAGCUAACAGCAACAAUCUGUUGGCAUAAAAUACUGUGUGUAGGCUUGGCGAAGCUCAAGCAAAGUGGUGUUGAGAAGUCCGUGUGUCAAUUGUACGCUUGUCGUUUAUUUUUUGGACCACAACACAAGCUAAUGAGACCGUUAGCUUCACAACCUUGACUGCUUUGCGUGUUGCCUUUUGGGUUAGCUCCUUUAGCCAGCUAACGAUAGCUCGCAUCGCUUGGCUAACCACCUCUGGUUACAAACAUUUGAUCAAAGACAUUUAAUACGGGAUUUAUCCUAAUCGGUUUUUCUAGGGAAGGUAUUUGUAUUGCAAAUUCCUUUAGCAACGUCUUCACCUGGAUGAAUGUGGGACAAAAUGGAGACCCCGACGAUUGUGUACGAUUUGGAUACCUCCGGGGGCUUAAUGGAGCAAAUCCAAACACUGCUCGCGCCCCCGAAGUCAGAGGAGAUAGAGAAGAGGAGUCGGAAGUUGGUGAGAGACGUCAGGAGGAGCGGCAGGGCCACCAACCACGACACCUGCGACAGUUGUCGGGAGGGGGGAGACUUGCUGUGCUGUGAUCACUGUCCUGCAGCAUUCCACCUCCAAUGCUGCAAUCCACCUCUCAGUGAAGAAAUGCUUCCACCAGGGGAAUGGAUGUGUCAUCGCUGCAAUGUUCGAAAAAAGAAGAGAGAGCAGAAAACUGAUCAGACCAACGGCCUUCCUGAGAAGUCAUCAUCAAAGCGCUCCGUGUCCCCGGCCAUAGAGCUUGAGCUCAACGCCGGACCCCUGCGGCUAGACGGCCUUCCCCCGGGGGCCGGAGCAGCAGGGCCCGGUCUACGAGUAGCCCAGGUACGCCUCUUGGACCGCAGGACCAGCAGCAGGCCGAGCAGCCGGCCUGGAACGCCAACCUCCAACACCUCGUCCACGCCAACCCCUUCAGAGGAUCAGAACGACGGAGAGGAGGAAGCAGCAGAGCCCGAGGAUGAAGUUCAGGGCUCAGAGCUUGAGGGCACAAUGCUAUCCGCUCCGACUCCACGCCUCCUUAAGAGGCCUUUUCAACUGCUAAUAGCAGCCGCUAUGGAGCGAAACCCUACGCAGUUCCAGUUGCCCAGUGAGCUCACCUGCACCACUGCACUACCAGGAAGCAGUAAACGGAGGAGAAAAGAGGAGCUCUUAGGAAAGCCGUUCAGGAGGCCACAGCAUGAGCUGGAUCCCAAUGGUCUCGUCCCACUACCAGUCAAAGUCUGCUUUUCAUGCAACAGGAGUUGCAGGUUGGCUCCACUGAUCCAGUGUGACUACUGUCCUCUGCUGUUCCACAUGGACUGUCUGAACCCUCCGCUCACAGCUUUACCUGCUGGCAAAUGGAUGUGUCCAAACCAUAUUGAACAUUUAGUGCUGAAUCAGAGAAGCCUGAGCCUGUCCAGUCGCUGUCAGCUGUUUGACCAUUUCCAGGACAGGAUGUCCCAGCACGCAGUCAAGUUGGACUUCCUGCGUAGAGUCCAUCGGCAGAACGCACCCAAUCGGCGCACAAUCCACCACCUCAAUAAGAAGACCAUCAAGGUGCCAGAUGCCAUCAAGUCCCAGUACCAGAAUCCUCCCCUCAUGCUAACUCCAGCGGGGGUGCGCCAGUUGGAGCUGGUCUGUAGCGGUGUGCCUGACCACCAGCCUUCAAAGCAUCCCACGUCAGAGGCUGAGCAGCAGGAGUGGCUUCAGGACGUCAUCGCCCUCCAGUGCAGCAUUAUGCGACACCUAUCCAUCAAACAGAAGGCUGUAUCCUCAAUGACUGCCCUGUCAUCCGCAACGGCAUCAGAGGACCGGGGUUCUGAGAAGAAAACCACUGCUAAAUCAUGCAUAACAUCUGAGGGGAUGAAAACAUUUUUUGAAAGGACUUCUUCCCUGGACCUUUGCUCUGAACCGUGCAGUACACCCAAUGACCCUCAGGGGGGCCCUCUUUCAAGGGACAUGCUUUCAGAGCUGGGUGUCUGUAAGUGCAACACACCUCCAUGUCAAAACUGUAGGAAAUCCAACGGACCUCUAGCAGAGGAGUGUCAGCCCCCCAAAGCCAACGGACCUGUCGACUGUAAUCGUGCCUCAGACUCUUGCAGGCAGGCUGAGCUGCAGCACCGCCUGAAGCCCACAACAAUACCCCCAGUCUCAGCUCUUGCCUCUGGGCUAGUGAACCACAUUGCAGCAGAAACUGUUAAAAAGGAGCCUGAGAGUUCUGCAGUUGCCGGUACUCAGCAAAACUGUCCCAAUGCCCUGACAAUUUGGCCCCAUAGCGACAAGCAGAACCACAGCAGCCAGGCGGAGCUCCAGAGGGAGUUUAUCAAUGAAAACCCCACCUACUCCAUCACCAGCAGUGCCCGCUCAGGCCCAGUGACUAAAGGAAACCAGCAGCUCGACCCAACCAAGCUGGGAUCAGCAUCGCCCACUCCAGACCUAAAAGCUGGUGCUGAAUUAGUAGGCUCACUGCUUCCCAGUGCUCUCUCCUCCAUGGCCAACCUGUCCAGCUGGACAUCCCUGGAGGAUCCAAAAGAUGACGAAAGAGGGAUUGAGCUGGACAAACUGGAUGCAGAGAUGAUCAAGCUCCUGGCCUGGCAGAGGAUCCAACAGCUUUUCCCCCCCAAAGGGUCCACCACUCCGCCUCCCCCGGCCACCAGCGUUUCCCCCAAAAACACAUCACCCUGCCCUGACAGUCAGAAGAAGGUGCAAGCCCGAGCUGUGUUCUACCCUCUGACAGUGAAGGCAGACGCUGUCAACAUGUGCUAUAGGACAUUAUACAUAGGAUCAGGUGCUGACAUGGAUGUGUGCCUUGCAAAUUAUGGUCGUUGCAACUACGUAUCGGGGAAACACGCCUGUAUUUUCUAUGAUGAGAAUACCAAGCAUUAUGAGUUGCUAAACUACAGCGAGCAUGGCACCACAGUUGACAACGUCCUCUACUCGUGUGACUUCUCUGAGAAGGCCUCUCCAUCUCCACCAAGUGGCCUGGUGGCCAAAGUCCAGGGCGUCAUACGUCGCACAAAGAAGCGCGAGGAGGACAGGGGUCAAAGGUCUUUUGCGGGUCCGCUGCCGGUGGGCGGAGUGAUGAACAGCCAGCAUCAGGGCCGCGGCGAGCUGUCAUGCAGCUGCAAGACGAGCAGCUCCAGCUUGAUUGGUGGUAGCGGGGCGGGUUGGGAGGGUACGGCCCUGCUCCAUCAUGGCAGCUACAUCAAACUGGGUUGCCUCCAGUUUGUCUUUAGCAUCACAGAGUUCGCCAGUAAGCAGCCCAAAGAGGAGCAGACCACUGUACUCGCCGUCAGCACCACCACCACCACCACCACCAGCAGUAGCAGCAGCGUGGCCAGUAACACCACCAGCACCACCCCCCCACCCAACACUGCCACAGCGAGCAGCCCCUCCAGCCAGGAUGAGACCGACUUUGAGACUGUCCCUUCCCACCAAGUGCCCGUACUGCGCUCUGACUCUAUUCCAUAACCUACACAGGAAAAUAAACUCCCUCAGUUUGUCUUGUUGCACCUUCCUAGUCACAAUGAAGGGAACGUUGCACAGCCGGUUGGAAAAACUUUCAUUUUUAAUAGUUUAUAUCUUUGCAUGAACUUGAAGUAUUAUUGACAAUCUUCUUUUGUGACUGACCAGUCCCCUUCUGUUCACAGAACAUCAGGACUUUGAGAGAACAUUAUUUACCGAUGCUCGACUUUUCUUUGGCCAUUAUAAUGGUCAUGUAUGGUGUUACAUUAUUUUGGCAGUCAGCCCAUUUAGCACAAACCUUUUAUUUUGUAGUAAUGAAUUCCAUACAUUCUACUUUCUUUUGCUGCUUUUGCACCAUAGGUAGCUAUAUAUGUAUGAAAUCAUACAUGCUUACAUGUAUGUGUGUGUAUAUAUAUAUAUAUAUAUAUAUAUGUAUAUAUAUAUAAUUCAUUGCUUCUCAAUUGGAGAACUGAUGGAUUUCAUCUAGAUUUACCAUUGUUUGGUUUUUAACUGUACAGUUCAUGGAAUUUGUGAUACUGUGUUGAGUACCAGAAGUUUUGUGAUGAAGCUUGUUCUUAGUCUGUACUUUUCGCUGUAGUCAAUCUGUAAAUACCGUAUUUUAGCACUCAUUUUAACAUCUUGUGGUGCUCUGUAUAUAAGCACUCUUUGUCUGUACCUCCUUGCCUGUUCAAACAUGUAAAUACAGAAAGAUUUUCUAAGAACAAACCCAAA